CUCAGCUUCAAGGGCACCGGGUAGGAGUCUUGCCAAGGUUCCUAGGCAAGGGUGGUGGUGGUACUCCUGGGCUGGAGGCAGGCGUGAAGUGAGGCCACAUCAGGGGGAACUAAGAGUACAGAGAACUGGAACUAAGAUGGUGCUCCUUACCCUCCACCCUCUUCAGCUAGCCAGGUUCUGCAGGCCAGAGGAAGCAGCAGAACACCAUUGACUGCCUCCCUGAGCCCGAGCACUGCCUGAUGCCAUCAGUCCCUGGACGGGACUAAGGAAGCUGGGGGGCCAUGACCAGUGCAGACUCCUUGCUAUUCACAUCACUAGGUCCCAGCCCAAGUUCUGGAGAUGGUGAUUGUAAGUUUAAUGAGGAAUUCAAGUUCAUCCUGUUGCCUCUGAGCUAUGCAGUUGUCUUUGUGCUGGGCCUGGCCCUCAAUGCCCCAACCCUUUGGCUGUUCCUCUUCCGCCUUCGACCCUGGGAUGCAACAGCCACUUACAUGUUCCAUUUGGCAUUGUCAGACACCUUGUAUGUGCUGUCACUGCCCACCCUCGUCUACUACUAUGCUGCCAGAAACCACUGGCCCUUUGGCACUGGCUUCUGCAAGUUCGUCCGCUUUCUUUUCUACUGGAACCUCUACUGCAGUGUCCUUUUCCUCACCUGCAUCAGUGUGCACCGCUACAUGGGCAUCUGCCAUCCACUGCGGGCAAUACGCUGGGGCCGCCCUCGAUUUGCAAGUCUUCUCUGCCUAGGUGUUUGGUUGGUAGUAGCUGGCUGCCUCGUGCCCAACCUCUUCUUUGUGACAACCAAUGCCAAUGGAACCACCAUCCUGUGCCAUGACACGACUCUGCCUGAGGAGUUUGACCACUACGUAUACUUCAGUUCCACAAUCAUGGUGCUGCUCUUUGGCUUGCCCUUCUUGAUCACUCUGGUCUGCUAUGGACUCAUGGCCCGGCGACUGUAUCGACCUUUGCCAGGAGCUGGACAGUCAUCUUCUCGGCUCCGUUCUCUCCGCACCAUUGCUGUGGUACUGACUGUCUUCGCUGUCUGCUUUGUGCCUUUCCACAUCACCCGCACAAUUUACUACCUGGCAAGACUGUUGAACGCUGAAUGCCGGGUGCUGAACAUUGUUAAUGUGGUUUACAAAGUGACUCGUCCCCUGGCCAGUGCUAAUAGCUGUCUUGAUCCAGUGCUCUAUCUGUUCACGGGGGACAAGUAUCGAAACCAGCUCCAGCAGCUAUGCAGAGGUAGCACACCCAAGCGCCGAACAACUGCUUCCUCCCUGGCUUUGGUGACCCUACAUGAAGAAAGCAUCAGCAGGUGGGCGGACAUCCACCAAGACAGCAUCUUCCCUGCUUAUGAGGGUGACCGAUUAUAACGGUGGGCACUGGAUAUGACAGGAAGGGGACUAACUGCAGGCAGAGGGGAGGGAGCUCCUUAGUGACACUUGAUAGGGGCAUCAGCUGUCCUCUUUUUAAGCCACUUUUUAGUUACUCCUAUGAUUCUUUCUCCUUUUCUGUCCCUUCCUGGGGCCACUGUUCCCGUUUCUCAAACCUCAGUACUCUUUGCUGGUUCUGCUUCCCCCAGGUCCUUCCACAGCAUGUGUUUCUCCAACCAGAGUAGUGACUUCAACUAGAGGAGUGAAGAGUGGAGCAAUCUCAAGAUGGGCCUGAUGUGUAUAAUGAAACAAGGCAGAACCAGGAAGCUGGGGUACUAGCAUAGCACAGAUACCAUAUAAGUCACAUGCAGCAUUCACACCCACUUCCUGGCUCCCUCUCAAAGACAAGAUAGUCCUACCUGUCAAGGUGCUGAAAUAGGGUACAGGGCAUGUGAACCUGCCUUGCAGGGCCCUACAUACCCUCUCGAAGCCUGCUGGUGUUGAACUGCAGAGCAGCCAUGAAACAGAAUACUGCUCUUGGUUGCUGACCCUAAGGAAUCUCUGGAGGCAGGGUCCAGGUUGAUAGCAGCCUUGGAAGCAGGAAUAAGAUUACCCCUACCUCUAGGACUGCGGGAGAACACACUUGAUAGCUCCCACCUAUAUAAUGAGAGGAGGAGUGGACAACUCUGACUGAGAAGGAAGAAAACCUCCAAGCUCUCCUAGUGAUGGGCAAAGCAGGUUUGUGCAGAACAGGGUGGUGACAGGAGUAGACGCCCAGAACUGGCUCUUCACUGCUCUCUUCCCUUUCCUAGCUCUAGUUAGAUAAAGCAUAAAUAAACCCGUCACCAGAUCUUUUUGAAUCAGUCGAUAGGAUUUCAAGGCUAGGGUGGGGCAGUCAGUUUUCCUACCUGUUCAGUCCUCUUGCCACAACACUUACGGGUUUGGAGGAUCUGGUGGGUGUAUGGAGCAGAGGAAGCUAAACCCUGAGCUUGAGAAGAAAGAGUUUCUGGGCGGGCAUUCAUGAGAAGGGCAAUCUCUUUUCAGCCUCGUUUCCUGUGAAAGUCACCUGCUAGCCUAUUGGUCUUCUGAGUCAACCCCCAACCUUUGCUGCUCUUUGUGAUCAGUACUCAUCUACACACACCAACUUCUUAUUGGCCUCAAGUGUUCUCUCUGUCUGGAGUGUAGGGGAGGGAGGUACUAGGCUACAGAGUAAAACAGCUAAAUCAUAAUGCCCCUCUGCCUUUCUUUUUGUUCUUUAAAUACAUCUCUCUCCCUUGGAGCACAAGAGUUCUUCUCUUAGAAGUAAAUUAAGUGGCCUUUUUGAGUCUUACCAGGUUCCCACCCUUAUGAGCACAAUCUCCUUGCCCGUCACUGCUGCUAGCCAUAGGCUCCAUGUGGUAACGUUAUUCUCUUCAUUACAACUCAUUUAAGAUCCUCCAUCAUUGGGCCCCAGAACUCCAAGCUGCUUAGUCAAGACUAACUUCCUGGGCUUGAUAGUCUGCUAUUUUAUCCUCCCCUGUCUCUCCACAAGAUCUCACUGUGUACCACUGUCUAGCCUAGAACUAGCUACAGAGACCUGGGUGACCUUGAACUCAUAGGGAUCGACCUGGUUUUUGUUUUUGUUUUUUGUGGGUUUGCUUCCCAAUUCCUGGGAUUAAAGACAUACGCUAGCAGGCUGGGGAAACACCUCAGUGUCUCUAUGCUUCAUUCAAAUCUGCGUAGGUGUGCUGCAUUGUCUCUAUCACUUUGUUCCCCAUGGCCCCUUAAUGAGGGACCUUGUUCCUUUUUUCCUUUGUCUUCAUCUUUGUUAGUUACUUUUAUCACUGAUUUUAUAUCACCAUUAAAAAAAAAAAGACACAACUUUCCUGUCUCAUUUUGCCACUGUUCUGUUAGUGUCUCCUUAUUUCACUACUGCUAUAAACACAAAUCCGAGUUCCUCCCAUUCUUCGGCACUUAGAACACAAAUUAUGUCUUUGGCAAGAACGUUAAUAUUUUCUCUACUCUUCUCCCUCUUUGACCUCUCUACGUCACUUGACUCUACUGCAUGUAAUUUUAUAGGUAUUUUUUAAAUAUAAAAAUAACAUUUAAAACAACCUCACUGUGACAACCCUGAAGGAAAUGUGGAGAGAAAAUAUUUACCUAUUUCAACCCCAAAUUUCUGUUUUCCAUACUCAACAUUUUCUUGGUUUGAAGCCAUGUAUUAUAGAAGUAUAACCACAGUUAUAUCUUUUAAAAGUCUGCUUUUUAGGGUAUUUAGAGUUUGGUGAUAUAUGCCUAUAAUCCCAAGAGUUGCUAGUAGACACAAGAGGGUUAUAAACUGGAAGUUAGCCUAGACUACAUAGUGAGACCUUUUGUCAAAGCAAACAAAUAAGUAUAAUUCUCUUAUUGCAAACUUUCUCCAGCUUGAUGCAAUCUUUUUGUUUGUUUGUUUGCUUGUUUGUUUUUUUGAGACAGGGUUUCUCUGUGUAGCCCUGG